AUGGGUUGUGGCGCCAGCAAGAAAGUGGUCCCGGAGCCGCCCGCGCUGUCCCCACUCACAGCACAAGGAGGAGCGGGGCCCGGGCCCGAGGCGGUGGCCCAAGCGGCUCGACAGAUGCAGGUGGCCCGCUUCCGAGCCAAGUUCGACUCCCGGGUCCUGGCAAGGUAUGACAUCCAGGCUCUCAUCGGGAUGGGCACGUUCAGCAAGGUCGUCCGGGUGGAGCAGAAGAUCAGCAGGAAACCUUUUGCCAUCAAGGUGGUGGGGACUGCGGUGAAGGAAGGCAGAGAGGCGUGCGAGGCUGAGCUCAGCGUCCUGACGCGCGUCAGUCAUCGCUACAUCGUGCGGCUGGUGGAGAUCUUCCAGGCCCAGGACCGAGUGUACCUGGUGAUGGAGCUGGCCACAGGCGGGGAGCUCUUUGAUAGGCUUGUUGCUCAGGGAUCCUUUACGGAGAGGGACGCCGUCCGAAUCCUGCGAAUGGUGGUUGAGGGCAUUAGCUAUUUGCAUGCUUUGAGAAUAACUCACAGGGACUUAAAGCCUGAAAAUCUGUUGUACUACCACCCAGGUGCAGAGUCGAAAAUUCUAAUCACCGAUUUUGGUCUGGCACACUCCGGGAACAGAAGCGGUGACUGGACGAUGCGGACGCUCUGUGGGACCCCGGAAUAUGUUGCCCCAGAGAUUUUGCUCAGAAAACCUUACACCAGCGCUGUGGACAUGUGGGCUCUGGGUGUAAUCACCUAUGUUUUGCUUAGCGGCUUCCUGCCAUUUGAUGAUGAAAGCCAUUCAAGGCUGUGUAGGAAAAUUCUGAAAGGGGAAUAUAAUUAUACAGGGGAGCCUUGGCCAAGCAUUUCCCACUUGGCAAAAGACUUCAUAGACAAACUACUGAAGUUGGAGGUUGGGCACCGCAUGUCGGCCAGCCAGGCCCUGGAUCACCCUUGGGUGAUCAGCAUGGCUGCGGGAACUUCCAUGAAGAAUCUGCAGAGGGUCAUUGCCCGGAACCUCAUGCGCAGGACAUCUCCCCAUUCUCAGAGCCCUGGAUCUACACAGUCAUCCAAGUCAGGACAGUCCCAGAAAGCUAGACGAAUGCGGCGCACCAGAAACACAAGGAUCACAGAAUUGCCACUACCUGCACUCCUGUAA